AUCUUCGAGUUGGGCAAUUUGAACAUCCUAUAGUACGUUUUCAUAUUUUUCUUAUCACUUUUAUAACACUGCACCUCUCUUUAUCUCUGUCCUCCCGCGCGUUUCUGAACUCUCCAUUGAAGCGGCUUUGAGCUCUUUCUAUCUUCCAUUGAACCAGCUUCUGAGGUUUUUGCAGGAGGAAAAUAUGGCAAUGCUUGCACUUACUGAUGACGUGAUCUUGCCUCUUAGUACUGUAAACGAGCUGAAGCUAGAAGGAUCGAUGACCGAUAAUGCUUUGAUUAUCACUAUGGCUUCAACUCAAAGUACACUGCCUUUGGACCCAUCAUCCAUGGAUACUGUUAUUGGUGUCUCCAAAGAACAUGACUUUCCUACUGCUUCACUGCUUGCUGAAAUAUAUAGAGUUCUGAAGGCAGAUGGAAAUGUUAUCAUUCAUCUGACUGGACUUGCUGUUGAUUUACCUUCUGACAAUAUUCUUUCUUCUCUGAAUCGGAAGAUACUUGUAGCAGGAUUUUUGGAACCCGAAGCUAGCCUGCAGCAGCCAGACACUUUUUCGGGAGUUCAAUCUAUUCAAGUUAAAGCGAGGAAGCCGUCUUGGAACAUUGGAUCUUCUUUUUCCCUCAAAGCCUCAAAAGGUUUACCAAAGGUUCAAAUCAAUGAUGAUAUGGAUUUGAUUGAUGAGGAUUCUUUAUUAACCAAGGAUGAUCUGAAGAAACCACAACUGCCUCCUGUUGGGGACUGUGAAGUUGGAAGCACUAGGAAAGCUUGCAAGAACUGUACAUGUGGAAGGGCUGAGGAGGAGCAGAAGGUUGAAAAUUUGGGGUUGACAAUGGAUCAACUGGAUAAUCCUCAAUCUGCAUGUGGCAGCUGUGGACUAGGAGAUGCUUUUAGGUGCAGCACAUGCCCAUACAAAGGUCUUCCUGCAUUUAAACUUGGGGAAAAGCAUGAAUUCAUGAUGCAUAUGCUCCUGUGAAGUGGGAAAUCAAAUUUGAGCAGAUGGUUGGAGGACUGUAUCAAGGCCAGUGAGAGAUAAGGGGAAGCAACUUCAGUCUGUCUCUGUGAAUCAAGCUAACUCUUACAUGGCUCUUAUUGAGUAGGACACUGAAGAGGAAGAGGAGGGGGAGGAUGAGGUUGGUGUUACUCAUAAUCCCACAUGAAUAUCCUUUCACAUUAGGGACCCCAAUAAAGUGGCAGAAGUGAAGAGGUUGUGUAAGCAGCAAACUAUUAGUAUAGUAAGAAAAAAGUUUUAUGAAACUUCAUUGUUUGAUAAUGUAUUCUUCUAAUGAGUAGUGUAAUUGUUCUGGAUCCUUCGAUGUUCCAGGUUUCUUUGUCGAAUAAUUUCCUUGAUGCAGAUAUAUAGACAUCAGCAGGAUUCAGUUCAGUUGUAUUUUGGUCGGCUACAUGCAUGUUUUUAGUGUCAGAAUAUCGUAGAUCCCUCACUGUUUAGAAUGUAAGUAGCUUUCUGAAAUUUUGAUUCUUCUGGAUAUUGACUGUGUUGUUU